AUGCCAUUGAACCCACCCCUAGAAGAAAUUUCCAAGGAGGUGGAGAAGAGAAACGAUAUCCGGUACCCGAAUACCCGAGGGAUACAAUUUAACGAGACGAAAAACCAUCCCGAGUUCUGUCAUUUUCAUCAGUUCAGGGGGAAUUCAACCAAUGACUUCCGAGAAGUGAAAUAUAUAGUUCAACACCUGAUUUGGGACGGUUAUUUGAGGAAGUUUGUCAAGCAAGUAGUGCCGCUACCCGAUGCUCCAGUACAUCAAGUCAGGAUUGAUCGGGGUACUCACUUUCUAGACCUCCGCUCAGGGAUUAUGACAAGGAUCCACAAAAGGGACCGAUCAGGAAAUGAAAUAUUUAGUGUGGACAAGACUUUGUCCAUGGAGGAGUGGAUGAUGCAGACGAUCACAUUCUCUGCUAAAGAUGUCCCGAUGAAUAUCCAAGCACAUGGAGACCCACUAGUCAUCACUUUAAUGAUAGAGGAAUGGGGAAUGAAUAGUAUCCUGGUCGACAUCGAGAUCUCUGUAGAAGUUCUUUUUUACGAAACUUUCAAGAGAAUGCAACUAUUCGAUGAUAUAUUUAUCCCGUCGACCUAUAAAAUUUAUAGCUUUAAUGGGACAAUGACUAUACCAAAAGGAGAAGUCACACUGAGAGUUUCAUAUGGAGCCGAUUACUUGGACACCCUUACCACCUUCUACGUGGUAGAUGUCGUGUCACCAUAUGAAGCGAUCAUUAGGAGAUACUGGAUCACUGGCAUCAAAGGAGUUGCUUCUGCAUAUCACCAAAGGUUAAGGUUCCCGACUUACAAGGGUGUGGUUGAGGUCACAGGAGACACGCAAGCCGCUAGACAUUGUGUUCAAGUGGAAAUUCAACAAAACGAAGAUAAGCGAGUAAGAUUACAUCGAAACAAGAACAAAGCUAAGGAAAUAAAAUCCUUCCAAGAGUUAGAGAAGAUAAUCUCACAAGCAGUUAUGUCAUAUGAAGCAGGAGAGGACAAGAUCGCAUAA